AUGAUGCAAGUUCCUUCUGGAAUGCAGCUCAUGCAGAUUCCAACUCAAGGUGGCGGCACUGUUACUGUCCCUUAUUCUAUGAAUGCUAACGGUGAGAUUGCGUUCAGUGGAAUGCAACUCAGCCGACAAGGCUUCAGUGGUGCUCAAGUGCGCCAAGGAUUCGAUGCGACUCAAGCUCAAACUCUGCAAGCUGUGAAAAAUGGAUAUUUUGAUAUGUCAAAUGUCUUUCACGAUGCUAUCAAGGGAAAGGAUGAGAAUGGCAAUGAUGUCUAUCUUAUUCCGUGUCCUGCUGGUACGACAAAUGUCAAACUUCAAGCCAACUGGCGCUAUGCUAGUGAAGAUGAAGAUUUGCCUGAUCUUGCUACUGAAGCAGAUCGAGGUCUGCAGUUUAUUCAAAGCCGCAGAAAGGAAUAG